AUGGGCUACGCUGCAGGUUUCGAUAUAGUUCCACGUCUCACCGAUAUCGAGGAAGACAAAGCCGCCUGGGAAAAAUUCCUGGCCAAGAUCCAGGAAGAAUUCGCGGGAGACGCUCAAGUCGUUUCGAAGGUUGGAUACUACAAAUUCGUCGUGGGCGAAUGCCCACGCCUGCCGCGUGAUGGCACCAAGUUCAUGAGGUUCAGCUCCAAGAUCAGUGGCAGCCUCACCACAGUUGCCGAGCCAUACAUCCGCCAAGUGACUGAGAUCGCUCGGAAGAUCUUCAAGGACAGAGUGAAGUUUUGGAACGAGCUCUGCGACGUGGACUCAGAGUACAAGAUCAGCGACAUCAUCGACUCUCAACAGGAGUACGGGUCUGGUGAGGAGGCACCUUAG